AUGUCGGUGUCAGGGCUCAAGGCCGAGCUGAAGUUCCUCGAGUCCAUCUUCGACAAGGACCACGAGCGCUUCCGCAUCGUCUCCUGGAAGCUGGACGAGCUCCAUUGCCAGUUUGUGCUCCUGCCGCCGCCGCCGGGCUCCAGUCCGCAGCCGCCGCCGCCUCUCACCAUCCACUGCAACAUCACGGAGUCUUACCCCUCUUCAUCACCAAUAUGGUUUGUAGAAUCAGAUGACCCAAACCUGACUUCAGUCUUAGAGCGUUUAGAAGAUAUUAAGAAGAGCAAUACUCUGCUUCUUCAACAGCUGAAGCGACUAAUAUGUGACCUCUGCAGAUUAUAUAAUCUUCCUCAGCAUCCAGAUGUCGAAAUGUUAGAUCAACCAUUACCAGCUGGACAGAAUGGAACAACAGAAGAAGUUACAUCAGAGGAAGAGGAGGAAGAAGAUAUGGGUGAAGACAUUGAAGAUCUGGAUCACUAUGAUAUGAAGGAGGAAGAACCUGUUGAUGGAAAGAAAUCUGAGGAUGAAGGCAUUGAGAAAGAGAAUCUUGCAAUCUUAGAAAAAAUCAGAAAAAAUCAAAGGCAAGAUCACUUAAAUGGUGCAGUCUCUGGGUCAGUUCAGGCUUCAGAUCGACUUAUGAAAGAACUCAGGGAUAUAUAUAGAUCACAGAGUUACAAAACAGGGAUAUAUUCAGUGGAACUGGUAAAUGACAGCUUGUAUGAAUGGCACGUUAAGCUUCUAAAGGUUGAUCCUGAUAGCCCACUGCACAGUGAUCUUCAGGUCUUAAAAGAAAAAGAAGGUGUAGAAUACAUUUUACUCAACUUCUCUUUUAAGGAUAACUUCCCUUUUGAUCCUCCUUUUGUUCGAGUGGUAUCUCCUGUGCUCACAGGAGGGUAUGUCCUAGGUGGAGGUGCAUUAUGCAUGGAACUUCUUACUAAACAGGGCUGGAGCAGUGCCUAUUCAAUAGAAUCAGUCAUCAUGCAGAUCAAUGCCACUUUAGUCAAAGGAAAAGCCAGAGUACAGUUUGGAGCCAAUAAGAAUCAAUAUAAUCUAGCAAGAGCACAGCAGUCCUAUAAGUCACUAGUACAAAUACAUGAGAAAAAUGGCUGGUACACUCCUCCAAAAGAAGACGGCUAACAUUGAGGACUGUUGUAUACCUGGACCAAUGUUGACAAAACAAGCUCUUUUUUAUGUUUUCCAACACAGACUCAAGCUAUGAGUGCCCCUAUAACAGCUGUACUGAAGACUUUAGCUAUUAGAUAAGUUAGUGGAUAAUCUGUCAACUGACACAUAAAAUAUAAGUUACAGCCUUACCAUUCCGCUCUUCUUAGGCAUCUGGACUGAGCAAUUUGGGCAUUUACUGGUUUUGUUCUUACAGAUUAAGCAUAUUUGGGCCAUGCCCUCCCUUCUCACUCUUUUUUCUUUUUGUUUGAAAGCAUAAGCUCCCUACUGCAAGCUAUCAAGUUAAAGACCACUCAGUAGGAGUGAGUUGUUCACACACUUUUUGUGUAUUUCUUAUUUGCAAUAUGUGGACUGCAUAGAUUUGCGUUGUAUAAUUUCAUUUAAAGCCAAGAAGUUUAAUAUGUUGUUUAAUGCUGUUUUAGGAAAUGUCAGGUCUUGCAAAUCACAGUAGGCUGUUUUUUUUUCUUGUUGUCCCCCCCCCGGUCUAAAAUGACAGCAUUUGUAGUAUUUCCAAAUUAAUGACUUAAGAAAAACUCAUGUAUGUUAAGUCAUUAAACAUUUUUCAUGGCUGUAUAAGAAUAUGAACUGUUCCUUGGAAAAGAUGCUUUUUGUUUAGACUAUUUUUUGUUGUUGUUUUGGUUUGUUUGGUAUUCUUUUUUUCUUAAGUAGAGCAAGGCUGUGCCAAUAAAACCUUGUAACUAGUCACUUCCACUGGGGCAUCAGAACUUGCUGGGCUGUUCCUGCUACUUGUUGGCUCAACCUCCUUAACAAGAAGAGCCACAGUAUGAAGCUUGAAGUUAUUUAAAAUACUAAAAAACCUUUCUUAGGUGUUCCAUUUUAUUAACGGGUUGUUGCAAUCAUUUGUAAACUAAUGAACUUAUAAAGUGAUUGGCACAAAUAGAGAUGAAAAUCCUUGAGUGAAAUUUUUUUAUAUAAAGCUACAAUAACAUACAAAAACAUGUCAGCUGAUUCAGAGGUUUAAGAAAUGUUGCCAAUAGUCAUGAUGGUGGUUUUGUUCUUAAAAGACUAAUGGGAAUUGUUAUUUCUUUAUUAGGGAAUGAAUCUGGGUCUGUGUAAUUACACUAUACUUCAUUGCCUUACCAAAAUCGAUUCUAUUUUGGUUGUAGUACUAGUCAUUAGGCGUUUGCCCCGUCUGGGGCUGAGCUAAGGGUGUGUUCCAUGAAUUAAGCACUUUUUAGAAGCGCAGAAGCAUGUUUUUGUUGAGGUUCUUUAGUUGACUAUCAAACUUGUGCUCUCUUCUCUGUCCAGCACUCGCGGGUCCUUGUGCAUUUGCUUCUAGAUCCAGUUUUUAGCUCGAAAGAAAUGAUUGGGGAGGUUUGGCACUACUUCCAAUACGUAUUGUUUCAAAUGUAGGGUGGGUGAUGUCCCGGCGCGUCUGCUUGCGUGGUUGUACCGAUGUUUGUCGAGGCCCUGGAGCCGGUGCUGGAGGAUGGGGGCCGGUGAGGUGGC